UUUGCAAUUCUAUACCGUGCCGUAGCCUAGCUCUUUUCAAAUAAUUGCUCGCAACUUGCGUAAUUAAUUCGUUGACAUAACGCUGCGCCCCACCUUUCCAUUUGUGCUGCCAUACGCUGCCCACCUUGCUCCCCGCUACAUGAAGCUUCUCUUGCAGAGCUCAUCAACUACACCCAGCCCGUGUACGUGUGGCGCGAGGACCCCAUGUCGAGACAGAAGUCCAUCAAGGAGAUCAUCCAGAGGGCCACCUCCCCUCUAGACUGGCCGCAGGUCCUCAUCUUCCCCGAGGGCACGUGCACUAACCGCUCGUGUCUCAUCACGUUCAAGCACGGCGCCUUCUACCCCGGCGUGCCGGUCCAACCCGUGUGCAUCCGCUACCCCAACAAGCUGGACACGGUCACGUGGACCUGGGAGGGCCCUGGCGCGCUGAAGCUCCUCUGGAUGACGCUGACACAGUCGCACAGUAGCUGCGAGAUCGAGUUCCUCCCUGUGUACAGGCCAAGCGAGGAGGAGAAGAAGAACCCCAAGCUGUACGCACAGAACGUGCGGCAGAUCAUGGCAAAAGCUCUGGACGUGCCCGUGUCCGACUACACCUACAACGACUGCCGGUUGCUCUCCAGGGUAAAGCAGAUGAGGCUACCACACACGACCAACCUCUUAGAAGUUCAAAAGCUGCGCACCAAACUCGGUCUCAACGAGAGUUGUGCCGAGGACCGCCUGGUGUCCGAGAGGCCCCACGGCCCGCUCGCCCUGGACUGGAGCGCCGUCUCGCUGGCCCAGUUCGCCGACUGCCUGUGCGUGGACGUCAAGGACCCCGCCACCCAGCUCCUAUUCCAGCUCUACGAGAAGGACGGGGCGGGCGUGAUCGAUCUCCGGGAGUACCUGCUGUGCGUUCUCGUGAUAUCCAAGGCGGUCAGCUCGCUGGAGAUGGUGCAGCUCGCCUUCCAGAUCUACGACCGGAGCGGGGUGGGCCGCCUCGGGGUGCAGGAGACUGCCGAGGCGCUGCACAACUCGGUGAACAUGACGUGGGAGGACGGCUACGACGUCUUCAGGCACGUGGACCUGCAGCACAAGGGCCACAUCACCUUCGGCGAGUUCGAGGACUACGCCAGCAAGCGCUCCGAGUUCUCCUACCUGUUCCCCGACGACCGACGCCCCCAGCAGCACGCCGAGGUGCCGCACAAGGAGACGCCCUGCGCCAGCGUGGACGCGGAGCCCAAGAGCAAGACUCAGUGAAGGAGCCCGGGGGCGUGCCGGAGCUGCAGACGGACGUGAUAUUUAAGGGCAGAGGCCGCCAUGCACUGCCAUGCUAAUAUGAAGUGAGUUCGUGAACGCGGUGAUAUGAAGGCGUCACAAUAAUGAUUCGAUACCGGAUGUCUUGCUGAAUGAGAAUCGCUCUGUAUACCGUUGCUAUUUUUUCUCCGAUUUCAUCUCAUUUCGUAAGACUUUUUGUGUAACCACUCUAAUAAGGACGCGGCCACAAAAUACUUCAAUUCUGUUAGUGAGCACUUGCCCUUCUAGUCUUCAGUCCGCGCUUUGGUCUAAAUUUAAUGGGUAAGGGUACAACUUCGCGCUCCCCAAAUAUACUACAUGACAAUAUUGGUCGAAGAGACCACAUUUCCAGGCAAAAUUUUGCUCAUAUCUUGAUCUGGACUAUAUCUGUUACAGUCUCUGACCCCAUCGGAUUAAUUCCACAUUUUGAGUUGUUCCAGAAAAAUUGAAAAUUUCUACUGGUCUCUGAUUUGAUCUAAAUGUAUAGAGGAAAAUGUACCUGUACCUUAGCUACGUCUGUUAUCGACCUUGGUCAGACCAAUAAAGCUCAAUUAAGAGCUUUCAUUUGAUUAGUCCUCCCCUCUAUUAGUUGGGAGGGUAAUACAUUCAGUAAGGCCAUGCAUUCUGGAGAUUGGAAAAACUAGCAAAGCGUCACCACAUUGUGAUCGCGCCGCACUGAACGUGUUAACAGUUAUAGUAAAUAUUGUUUCAUGAGGAUGUACCUGUGUGGUUAUCGUGAUUUCCACCAAUAAAAAACUUAUUUUUACUUUUAGUUAUAUGUAACAGUUGAAUAAUUUUAUCGCUAAAGUAGACAAAUGGGAUCAGACUCCAAAU